AUGCCGGGGGGCCGGGACCUGAGGGUCCGCUCCGGGAACCGGCCGCGGCCCGCGCCCGCCAUGGAGCCGGCGGCCGGCUCCUGGGCCCACAGCCGCGCCGCGCUCCGCCGGCUGGACGCGCUACUGCGCUGCUCGCGCUGCACUAAUAUUCUGAGGGAGCCUGUGUGUUUAGGAAGAUGUGAGCAUAUAUUCUGUAGUAACUGUGUGAGUGACUGCCUGGGAACCGAAUGUCCAGUGUGUAACACCCCUGCCUGGAUCCAGGAUGUGAAGAUCAACAGGCAGCUGGACAGCAUGAUCCAGCUGUGCAGCAAGCUGCGGAGUCUGCUGCAGGAGAAGGAGCUGCCUGGUUUAAAAGAAGAACCAUCCAGGACAAGUUUAUUUAAUCAUGCAGGAAGUAAGAAGAAUUCCAUAAAAAUGUGGUUCAGUCCUCGCAGUAAGAAGGUCAGAUACGUUGUGAGUAAAGUUUCGGUACAAACUCAGCCUCAAGUGACGAAUGAUGAGAAUGCUCAGCAGGCCUCCUCGUAUGAGUAUGUCUCUGUGAGCCCUCCAGCACACCCCUCUGCCAGGGCUGAAAAGGCUUCUACAAGAGCUGGGAAAAAACAGAAAAGGAAAACUUUAACUAAGAUCAACCAGUUGUGGAAUUUACAGGCAGACCAAAAAGCUGGUCACCUUGACUCCAAGGAGAAACUUAAGGAAAAGCAGGUGUCUUUCUCCGUGGAUGCCAGUCCUCCGAGAAAUGGUGACAUAGACUUAUCAGUAAGUGGCUCUGUGGCAGAAGAGGAAGGUUUUGGAAACUUAGCCGAUGUCUCUCGGCCGUUGGCUGAGCAAAUAGAGUCUCCGGAACUGGAGAGCAGGGCUGAAGCCCUGACUCCUGAGAAGGAUCUCCGUGAAGAUGCUCUUCCAUCUAAGAGCGGGAAACGUGGGCGUCACAGGAGACCUUCCAGUCCCAGUUCUAAGAGAUGCAGGAGCAACGUUCCCAGCGCCAGUGAGAAUGCUGAUCAGCAGACAGGGCUCUCGGAAAACACCCCCGUGCCUGACUCUCUGCAGCCUUCCAGCAAGCGUAAAGCUGGAGCCGGAGGAAGGAGGACAAUCAGAACGAUAUUGGAUGAAUCCCUGAGCUCCUCACCGGGCACCCCGCCUUCUACCCUGAACAGCACCAAUUACGGGCGGAUGCUGUCCAGCCCCCCAGCAACGAGGCUGACCCCCAGGAACCCUUCCGCUGGGAAAAGGAACCAUAAGGGCGAGACUUUGCUCCAUAUGGCUUCCAUUAAGGGCGACAUACCUUCUGUUGCAUACCUCUUACAAAACGGAAGUGACCCAAACGUUAAAGACCACGCUGGCUGGACACCAUUGCAUGAAGCCUGCAGUCAUGGGCACCUGGAGGUAGUGGAAUUGUUACUCCAGCACAAGGCGUUGGUGAACACGCCUGGGUAUCAGAACGACUCGCCGCUCCACGAUGCGGCCAGGAACGGGCACAUGGACAUAGUCCAGCUGCUACUGUCCCACGGAGCGUCCAGGAACGCUGUUAACAUAUUUGGUCGGCGGCCUGUGGAUUAUGCAGACGGGGAGACUAUGAAAUCGCUGUUGCUGCCGCCAGAGAAGAACGAAUCCUCAGCCACUCACCAUUGCUCAGUAGUGCCUGCUGCCCAGCGGAGGGACGGGCCUCUUGUGCUCAUCGGCAGCGGGCUUUCUUCAGAACAACAGAGCAUGCUCAGUGAGCUGGCAGCCAUUCUUAAGGCUAAGAAAUGUGCCGAGUUUGACAGUACAGUGACUCAUGUCAUUAUUUCUGGUGAUACAGUUCAAAGUACCCUGAAAUGUAUGCUUGGGAUUCUCAAUGGAUGCUGGAUCCUAAAAUUUGAAUGGGUGAAGGCAUGUCUACAAAGCAAACAAUGCGAGCAGGAAGAGAACUACGAGAUUCCUCAAGGACCACAGAGAAGCAGGCUGAACCGCGAACAGCUGUUGCCCAAGCUGUUUGAUGGAUGCUACUUCUACUUUGGGGGCAUCUUCAAACACCACCCCAAGGACAACCUCAUGAAGCUCGUCACUGCAGCUGGCGGCCAGAUCCUCAGGAGAAAGCCCAAGCCUGACAGCGAUGUGACUCAGACCAUCAACACGGUCGCCUACCACGCCAAGCCCGACUCCGACCAGCGCUUCUGCACACAGUACAUCGUCUACGAGGACGUGUCCAGUCACCGCCCCGAGAGGGUUCGCCAGGGCAAAGUGUGGAUGGCGCCCUCCAGCUGGUUCAUAGAUUGUGUGCUCUCUUUUGAGUUGCUCCCUCUUGACAGCUGA